AUGAAGAGAAGAAGAGAAAUGGAGAAACAAGUUAACUCAUCAGAAUUAAGAUCUGCCAUUGAAGUGAUUUCCUUGUUUUCUGUCAAGAAGCUUGACCAUCAUCAUGGUCAUGAAGAUCAAGUUAAAGUUCAAGAUCAAGUUGUUAAAUAUAAACAAAAGGAUGAUGACAUUUAUAUCCCCAUCAAGCCCUUCCUUUCUCUAUGCAACUUCCUUCUACAUCUUCUUGAUAAGAUAGGACCAACAAUGACUGUUCUUAGACAAGACAUCCAUCGGAAUAUACAGAGACUAGAGAAGGUGCAAGAAUUAGACCCUAUACUCAAUUCAAAUGUUGUGGAGAUAGUAAAGAAAGAGUUGAAUGCAGGCACAUCAAGAAAACUUACUAGCUGCAGCAAAGCCUUCGUUUGGCUAACUAGAUCUCUAGACUUUACGGUAAAUUUACUGGAUUUGAUAGAAAAAGAUAUCAAGGUGGAAAUGGAGCAAGCUGUUGAGAAAGCAUAUGAAACUAGUCUUAAACCAUGGCAUGGAUGGAUCUCUUCCACGGCGUAUAGAGUAGCACUAAAACUAGUGCCUGAUAACAAAACCAUGAUAGAUAUUCUGAUAUCCGAAGCACAAGAUGAAGAAACUCUUAAGAAUGAUAUAAAAACUUUUAAAUCGUUGCUAGUGCCACUUCUUGAUGAGAUACACUCAACUUUGGUGAGCUAUGGGUUGGACCGGCUCAAGGCAGCAUAA